AUGCAGAGACACGUUUGUGCGAGAAGUUUCAGGCGUUUUUCCUCAUUGAGGAGCCCUUGUCUAUCUAAGAGAUUUCAGUCGUCAUCAUCCAGUGCGGUCAACAAGCCUACAGACAAUGAUGAAGUGUUGCUGUUGCAGCAGAAGCUUCUGUACGACGGAAUCAGAUCAGAGUUGAAAUCUUUAUCUCAAAUACCUGAAGAUGAAAUAUUACCUGAACUGAAGAAGUCAUUAGGGGAAGGCAAGCUGUCCGCCAAAGAAAGUCACUUAGACUCUGAAUUGAACGAUUUCUUCAAAAAUUAUGCUCAAUUUAACAAGCUGUUUGACAGCAGCACAUUCGGUGGACAUUCUUCGUCAACAAUGGCAGCAGCGGCCGCCCCAACUAAGCCUUACCCCAAUCUUAUACCUUCUGCCAAUGACAAACCAUAUACUUCCCAAGAACUCUUCUUGCGUCAACUAGGACAUUCCAUGCAUACGGCCAAAUUAGGUGCCACUAUUUCCAAGGUCUACUACCCCCAUAGGGACAUUUUCUACCCACCUCUCCCUGAAAACAUCACUGUUGAAAACUUAUUAUCUGCUGGUGUUCACCUGGGACAAUCGACCUCGCUUUGGAGAUCGUCCACGCAAUCCUACAUAUACGGCGAAUAUAAAGGUAUCCAUAUAAUAGAUCUGAACCAAACUUUGUCUCAUUUGAAAAGAGCCGCCAAGAUCGUAGAGGGCGUCUCGGAAUCCGGCGGCAUUAUCCUGUUUUUGGGUACAAGACAAGGUCAAAAAAGAGGACUCGAGGAAGCUGCAAAAAAGACAUAUGGUUAUUAUGUCUCUACAAGGUGGAUCCCGGGUACUUUGACGAACUCUACGGAAAUUUCGGGUAUCUGGGAGAAGCAGGAAAUAGAUUUUCAUGGUACUCCCACGCAAAGAUCGCUAUCACCAAAUGAAACUUCGAAGCAGCUCAAGCCAGAUUUACUAGUGGUGUUGAAUCCUACAGAAAACAGAAACGCUUUGCUAGAGGCCAUCAAAUCACGAGUUCCGACCAUUGCAAUAAUCGAUACAGACUCCGAGCCUUCCUUGGUCACCUACCCCAUCCCAGGUAAUGAUGACUCGUUGAGAUCCGUCAAUCUUUUAUUAGGAACUUUGGCGAGGGCUGGCCAAAGAGGCUUGCAAAAUCGUUUGGCCAAAAAUGACAUGACAUAA